UCUUGGUAAUAUUGAAAAGUCGAAUGUCACAAAGUCAUCCUACGAGCUCAACAACGAGCUCAUCCCUACAUAAAUCAAAUCCCGCCAUUCCAACAAGAGGGUCUUCUUCGCUCUCGAAUAAUUCGCUUAAUGGAUUUUCGAGUAUGAUGAUGACAUCCUUUCUGAAAUUUCUUAUUUCCGGAAGGAAACACUUCAGCAACAUUCUCAAUCGGACCUCAAAUCAAUGUGACUAAUCCAUAAAGAAAAAACAACAUCGACAAUUACGAGGGUGGAGUCACGAGGAAUGGCGAACCCAAAAUAAUUUUGGAUCAGAGUAUGCAGUACCAUCACAGAUUUCGAGAGAUUUUUCCGAAAUGCCAUUUUCUUUCGAUUUUGGAGGCUACAAAUCAUGGAAUCAGGCCGAAGCUAUUAUCCACCGAUAAUGAAGUCUAUUGAUUCUAUUCUCCAUGGAUGAUAAGUCAAUUAAGCACCAAUUUGGGCCAAUUUAUUUUCGGAUGACAUUUUCGUAAUUUUUAGGGCGACGAAAGGUCAUUUCUUUGGAUAUUGAAGGCUACAAAUCACGGAUUCGGUCUGAGACUAUUCUCCAACGAUGACUGAGUCCAUUAAGCACCGAUUUGGACCGAUUUAUUCGGGAUCAAUUUUUGGCAGAUUACAAAAGGGUGCCAUCACAAAUUUUGGACGAUUUUUUCAAAAUAUCAUUUUCAUUCAAUUCUCGAGGCUACAGAUCACAGAAUCAGGCCCAUGACAUUCGCGCAGGUAACAGCCAUUGUCGAUCAUCGGCUAACUUCGUCAAUCACUCCUCAAACAGUCAACCUCUGAGAAAUACCUCCACACCCGUGAACCAUCUUCGUACCCUAACUGCCUAAUGACCUUGUAGUCAUCUGUUUCUGGAUCGAAACCAAACCCAACAGCUUCAAGAAUCCAGCCGAGACGGGAAGGGGAACGAGGGACGAGCUUUGUCUCGGAGGUGGCCGGAUUCCAGAGAAUCAGAUCGUAAUUGCCGUCGGCUAUGCAAAUCAGGCCGUUACAGGACCCAGCAAUUUUUAUAGACCGGCUCAAAAUCUGAUAAUCAUCUUCAAGGGGCCUCUCUUCGUUGAAGGGCAGCUGGGCAGGGGAAGAAGGAAGGAGUGGCUCGAGUGUGUCUGACCUCUCGUCGUCGUUGAUGGAGUUGAUCAAGAUUUGAAGACGAGGAUCCACGGAUUUAUCUCGCAGGAUGAAGGAGGGAUGAAGGAGGGAUCUGUGAAGAGAGCGCGCCAUGAUUUGCAGACGCAGCGGAAUCGGCCAGUCCACUGGCCGAUUGGAAGCCUCGACAAGAUGUCAUUGAUCAGAACUUCUGGGAAUUCUUUCUUCAUCGCCGCCGCAGACGCACUCUGAGUUGGCUUCAUUCUCCACGGGUUACGGUAGGUUUAGUUCCUACUUGUAAUCAAUGGCCAGAAGACUUACGGGAGGAAAAUUCAAACGGUUACACUAUUUAAAUAUGGCCCAACUAAAUUCCCUCUUCCUCAAUCCUCAUUUUACCUCCCUGCUCCAAUCCCAAAAAAACCUCACAGUUUCCCAAUUUCGCUCUCCAGCCGUUCCCGUACCUCACCGGUCAACCGACCUCCAAUUCCGUUCGGCACGAUGAUCUACGUCUCCACCGCCAAGCUCGCCGUCAUCGACGAACCGGAAAGACCGAGCCUCUCGCCGAUCCCUGCCGCCGCCGCCGCCGCUGCUGCUGAUCCUGCUUUCUCCACUCCGGAGGCGAAGGAGCACCGGAUCCCGAAGCCGAUGACCUGUCCUCCCGCGCCGCUCAGAGCUCCUGCGAAGCGCAAGCUCUCCCACUCCGCUAUCCUCAAGGCGACCAAAAAGUUCCGCGCGGCCAGGGAGUUCUUCCUCUCGCCGGAGGUCGUCGAAGCCGCGCUCGUCGCCAACGUCUUCGCUGCCGAGACCGCCCGCCGCGCUCCCAAGUGCGAUCUCCGGACUCUCAAGUACUUCCGCUAGAGAGAGGCAUCGUCGAUUGUCUUUGUAAUUAGGGAUUUCGCCUGGGAAUUGUUUUGAAUUUGGGAUUGCUCUGUAACUAGGGUUUGUUUCGAUUUCGUUAUCGCAAAGCAUCAACCUGUAGAUUUGGGGAAGAAAUUGUAAAUGAUGGCAGUGUGGCCAAAUACGGUGCCGUUCAGAGACGGGAGAACCUCAUGAUAUAUAGAUUGGGCCGAAGCCGGUUUGUUGAUACAGCAAAAGAAAGCCCAUUUACAGUC